AUUCAGCAGACUGGAGCUCACCUCCACUACAAAGACUUCACAGGAGGGAGCACACAGGGGAGGAUUUGACUCUGGAAUAUCUCCUACAGUUUCUCUUGUGUGUAUGAAUGUCUCUUCUGUAACUUUGGAGAAUGGUGGGACUCUCACCCACUGCUGUUGAGGCCAUGGAGGUGUUGGUGAGUGAGCUGGGCACGCUGCUGAAGAUGCUGGACCAAGAGAACCUCAGCUCCUCCACCCAGGAGAAGAAGACGUCCGUGUGGAACCUCCUGCAGCAGAUACAGCCAUCAGUGUCAGGAACAGAUUACAUCUACAUGAACUCAUCAGUGUACAGAAAUGGCACGAGCUUUGUCGAAUCUCUCUUUGAGACAUUUGACUGUGAGCUUGGAGAUCUAAAGGAUGUUACAGAUGAUCUGAAGGAAGACAAAAACACACAAACUGACACUUUAAAACAGAGCUGUACAGACUCCCCCGCCCCACAUUCGGCUGACUCUCCUCCCCCUCUGCCCACAACGCCUCCUCCUGAGGAGUACUACGAGGAGGCAGUGCCCCUCAGUCCGGGAAAGAUGCCCGAGUACAUAAUCACACGAGUCAGAGCCAGCCCUCCCAACUCUAUAGAAGAUGGAUACGAAGACGCUGAAAACCACUACCCAACUACCUGCAUUAACUCGCACCGCAAAAACUCCUACAAUGACUCAGACGCCCUGAGCAGCUCUUAUGAGUCCUAUGAGGAAGAUGAGGAAGAGAGGAGUCCUGGCGUCAGACUCACUCAUCAGUGGCCCUCCGAUGAGAGCUCCAUGCCUCCUGCCCGAGACUGUCGCAUCUGUGCCUUCCUGCUGCGUAAGAAACGCUUUGGCCAGUGGGCCAAACAGCUCACUGUCAUAAGGGAGAACAGGCUGCAGUGCUAUAAGAGCUCAAAGGACACAUGCCCCUAUGUGGACCUACUGCUGCCCCAAUGCACUGUAGUCUACGCUCCCAAAGACAGCAAGAGAAAGCACCACGAGCUUCGUUUCACUUUACCCAACGGAGAUGCACUGGUGUUGGCCGUACAAAGCAAAGAGCAGGCUCACAGAUGGCUUAAGGUUGUUAGAGAGGUCAGCGGUCAGAGCGCAGGGCCUGAGGAAUCUGCAUCUCCUGUCGUUCCAAGAAAAAAUGAACUUGACAAGAGGUUAUCUGCAGAAAGGAACACAUCAGAUUCAGACAGUGUGGGUGUGUCAGCCGGAGAGAACUGCAGGGAGAACGGUAAAGUAAAGCGGGGUGCUUUAGCUGCAGGCCGUAAGAUCACACGCAUCAUCAGCUUCUCCAAGAAGAAGCCCCCUAGGCCGGGAGAUCCACGGACCUCCUACAGUGACCCCCGACAAGGCUACCUGUCCGUGCUGGUGAACCAGGUGUGGCGGGAACAGUGGUGUUGUGUGUGCAGAGGCUCCCUGCACUUCUACCACGACAAAGGAGACCCUCGGGCCUCCCUGCCUUCCCUUCCUCUCCAUGGCUGCGAGGUGGUUCCAGGGCUUGGACCCAAACACCCCUUUGCCUUUCGCAUCCUGCGGAACAGCACAGAGGUGGCUGCUCUGGAGGCGAGCAGCUCCGACGAGCUUGGACGGUGGCUCGGUGUCAUCCUGGCAGAGACGGGCUCUGCGACAGACCCGGAGUCGCUGCAUUACGACUACGUAGACGUGGAAACCAUCGCUAACAUUCGCGAUGCAGCGAGACAUUCCUUCCUGUGGGCUACAUCCUCCAGCAGCACCUCCACGGAUUCCAGAACAUACGAUGAGGUCCCUAAUGAGGACAUACAGUCAGGGGAGAACCGCAGGCAGCAGUCUGGGAAUCAAGGCAAACGACGCUCAAGUUUCUCAAGUAGCGACUCUGACAGAACCAAACCAUUAGUCUCCCUCAAGCGAACAGGCUCAAAUGCCAACCAGUACGGAAGGUAUGGGAAAACGCGAGCAGAGGAGGAUGCCAAGCGUUACCACAAUGAAAAAGAGGAGCUGGAGAAAGAGAGAGAUGGGAUACGAAAUGCACUAGUGACCCUUCGACAGGAGAAGAGGGAGCUGAAAGAAGAGCUGAAGACAGCCUCUGAAAGGAGGAAGCCCUUCCUGAACAAGCGAGUGUCCCAGCUGGAGGAAGCCUGUCGAGCCAAAGAGGCAGAACGGGUCGACAUGGAGCUCCGACUGACUCAGGUCAAAGAAAACCUGAAGAAGAGCCUUGCAGGAGGAGCGCUGGGUGCACCAGUGGAGGAUAAACCCCCUGCGAAGGCAGCCAGUAAAAAGAUCCAGAACAUCUACAGCGAUUCUUUACCAGUAAACUGCGCCUUGGAGAUGCGACGGCGACCUCCAUCUGUUUAUGCCUCUUCUACUGGAACCGUCAUGCAGAAAGCAAAGGAAUGGGAGUCAAAGAAGGCAAACUAAGAGGAGCUGCAUGGAAUGGACUGCAGACUAAAUGGAUAUUGAGAAAUGACUUUUCCCACCUUCUCUCCCACUAAGAAUAAUCUUCCGUCUGCAUCCCCGAAUCCCAGACCUGUUUUGUUUUGGAUGAUAGAAGAAAUAUAGAAACUGUAAUGGGAGAAAUCAGCCACUAGGUGGAGGUACAUUAUAGUGAAUAUUUACUCUUCCGACGGCCUUAAAGGAAUAUUCAGAUUACAGGGACUGUUCGCUCUCGGUGUCCAAAUAUUUUCACCAUCUUGAGAAAAAAAAGUUUAAAAUAUAGGGGGAAGGGGAAGCACGAAAGCAAAGUUUAUGAAAGAAAGACACAGAAAGUGCAUCAAAUGUAUUGUUGAGAAGCACAAAUUGUGUUGGCACCAGAAAUGUUUAUAUGUGGGGAAAGACAAUCUAAGUAAUGUGAUGUGUUGGAAGAUUAGAGGACGAGAGGCAGUUUUUUAUGCCAUAAUAGGCCUUUUUAAUGCCAAAGGUUUUUUUUUUUGUUGUUCUGCCUGUACAUAGUGAGCCAUGACUACUGUUUUGUAUGUUUUAUACUUUUAUACUGUACUGUGUUUCAUUCCUCAUCAUCAUCGUUACACGAGACAUGCAGCACUGUGCAAAGGUUCCAGGCACUAAAGUAAGGUUAGUGAUGCCGUUAGUAGGUUUAAUUUAUCUGUUAACUUCAUGCAAAGCAAAAAUAUCAGUGAAUUCAGAGUUUGAUGAUUUAGUUGUUUCCGCCUUUUUACAUAAUCUCAGAUUGACAUAUUGAUGUUAAAAUCAUCCCAUUUUUUGCAGGAAUCCUUCUUCUAGCUUCAUUUGGGGCCGAUCACAUGCCUCCCUGAUUGUAUAACGGGAUGAAAAUCUAGAUAUUUCAAGUGCCUAAAACUUCAGCACAUUACUGUAUCUGAUGUAUAUAUUUGGCUAUGUGUCUUGGAGGAUGAUAUUUUAUCUUCUUGUCACUGCAAAAUUCAGCUUCUCGUGUUGGGCUGAAGCUGUUCUAUUAAACAAAACCAUCUGCAAACAGAAUCCUUCAAUCCCUUGACCCUCUUUGACACACAAUCGAGCACAGUUUAAUACUCCUUGAGUUACUAACAAAAUGGUCCUCCAUAUUUCAUUUUAACACCUUCUCUGUUGAACUUGUGGUCGAUUUUUGCACUUUACUGUUUUCCUACCUGGAUAAGGGAAUAAUAAAUUUGCAUCUUUUUUCCAGAAAAUCAA